AUGCUCGCUCGUCCCGAUUACCCCGUGACUCUGGGUCACGAAGGUGUUGGCUACAUUGAGGAGAUCGACCCUGCAGCAGAGGGCAAGGGUUUCAAAGUCGGUGAUGCAAUUGGUUUUAAUUAUUUCAUUGGAUGCUGCUUUGAAUGUGAGGGCUGCAUGGUCCACAAUUUGUACUGCGAGACCGGCGGCUCCAAACUACAAGGCUUCGCCGUCGACGGAUUUUUCCAAGAAUACGCAGUCGUCGACUGGCAGAACGCGGUGCAGCUCCCCGAAAGCCUCGACAUGUCCAAAACCGCACCGCUAUUCUGCGCAGGCAUCACCGCAUUCCACUCCGUCGACAGCUGCGAGCUCAAGGAGGGACAGUGGCUCGCUGUCAUCGGCUGCGGCGGCCUCGGACAAUACGCAAUCCAGUACGCCAAAGCUAUGGGAAUCAAGACGAUCGGCCUCGACAUCAAUGACUCCCAGCUUGAGAUGGCGAAAAAGGUGGGAGCAGAUGCUACGUUUAAUACGAUGACGAACAAGAACUACGUCGAUGAGGUCAAGAAGUUGACGGGUAAGGGAUGCCAUGCGGCGGCUGUGUAUAGUGCGGCGAAUGCUGCCUAUGCGGGCGCUCCGAACGUCCUCAGGAUCGGAGGCUUGCUGAUGGUUAUUGGAAUCGCACCGAAGGGAUUGGACUUUGUCACGACGUUUGAUCUUACUACUGGGCGGUACCGCAUCAAGGCGGACAGCACUGGUAUCCCGCAGCGUAUGAAGAAGGCUGUAGAUUUCACAGGGAAACACAAGAUUCAACCUGACGUCGAGUUCCGCAAGAUCGAGGAUCUUCCACAGAUGGUCAAGGACAUGGAAGACGGCAAGGCGGAUAAGAGACAGGUUGUGAUAUUUUAA